CGAGUGCGGGGCGUCGUGGACUCCGCCCGCGCGCUCCUCGUCUGUACCGCUCUUUUAAGCUGUCAAACCGCCUCCGACUAGCAGCCGGCUUGAACGUUUCUACCUUAAACGCGCGGACUCACAAUCGUAACGUGCACGCUCAGUGACUCAGUGUGUGAUUUUGUAAUACUCGCAUGUCGGAAACCAGAUCAAAGAGAUGAACGGCAGUACGACGACGGUAAAUAGUGGUGCCGUCAACGGGCCUGGUGGUACCGUUAAUGGAAUCGGUGCUGCUCCACGUACAGCAACUCUUGGAACCCCAAGCAGCUAUGCUUACACAUCAAGCGGCUCAUUACUGGGUCGAGGGGGCUCCGCUAGACCUGUACCACCUCCGACGCUACCAAAGUACAGUGGCUCUUUUAGUGCUGGAAGUACAACGGGUCUCCGAGAACGCGAAAGAGAAGGAACAGGUGGAUCACAUCGUUUGGCAAGCUUGGAAAGAUUGGCUUUGCGCCAAAGGAUUAUUGAACAAAGUGCCAAUAAUCAGGUGGCGAGCGCAACAAUUAUCAAUAGUUCUUCAAACGGAGGCCUCACUUCUGCUACAGUAACCCUCACCGAUACUGCAACGUUACAGAGUAAACGAGAGCUGUUUUUCAAGUCGGACACUGUAAGCGGUGGCGGCGUAAGCGCGUCUGUCCCGCCUUCUGCAGCACCGCCCGCGCCUCCUUCCACGCUCAAAGAUGCGCUCAGUAAGCGCUCUGCGACGCUACCAGAGCCUCAGGAGACUAACCACGUAGAAGCCAAUGGGAUCGCCACGAAACACAGCAAUAGCGUGUCGGUAGAUGUCUCCAAGCCUCCGAGUACAGCGCCCCCACCAACACCUGCCCCGCCAGUACCAAUAUCUGCACCUCCCGCACCAGUACCGACACCCCUCAGGAGUACAGAGAAUAUUAUGAAGAAAGCCGAACACCCACCGGUCGCGCCGAAACCAGACUUACCUAAAAUAGAAAAACCAAAAACCAAAGAACUAGAUGGCUACGUCGGUUUUGCUAAUCUGCCGAACCAAGUGUACAGGAAAGCUGUGAAGAAGGGCUUCGAAUUCACGUUGAUGGUCGUAGGUGAAUCAGGCUUGGGCAAGUCGACACUAAUAAACUCGCUCUUCUUGACGGAGGUGUAUGACAAGGACAAACAUCCGGGGCCGUCGCUGCGAGUGAAGAAGACGGUUGGCGUUGAAACCAGCGUCGUUCUUCUAAAAGAGAAUGGUGUUAACCUCACGCUGACCAUCGUCGACACGCCGGGAUUCGGCGACGCCGUCGAUAACAGUAAUUGUUGGCAACCGAUCAUCGACUUCGUUGAAUCGAAGUACGAAGAGUUUUUGAACGCCGAAUCACGUGUCGCCCGCAAGGCGGCGCCACCGGACACGCGCGUGCACUGCUGCCUGUACUUCAUAGCGCCGAGCGGGCACGGACUCAAACCCCUGGACGUCGAGUUCAUGCAGCGACUCGGAGAUAAGGUCAACAUCAUUCCGGUCAUCGCUAAGGCCGAUACAAUGACGCCCGAAGAGUGCAAGGACUUCAAAGAACAGAUAAUGAAAGAAAUCGGUCAGCACAAGAUUAAAAUUUACGACUUCCCGGAGAGCACGGGCGAGGAAGGGGACGGCGCUGACGUCACCAAGUCGCUGCGGGCGCGGGUACCCUUCGCCGUCGUCGGCGCCAACACCGUCAUAGAGCAGGACGGGCGCCGCAUACGGGGCAGGAAGUACCCUUGGGGCAUCGCCGAGGUUGAAAAUUUGGAGCACUGCGAUUUUCUGGCGCUUCGGAACAUGGUGAUACGGACGCACCUUCAGGACCUGAAGGACGUGACCAGCUCUGUGCAUUACGAGAACUAUCGAUGUCGCAAACUGGCCGGACUCUCGCACGACGGGAAGCCGCACAGAACCAACUCUAAUAAGAAUCCAUUAGCACAGAUGGAAGAGGAAAAACGCGAACACGACCUAAAGAUGGAAAAAAUGGAGAGUGAAAUGGAACAAAUAUUCCAAACGAAAGUCCGCGACAAGCGCGCGAAGCUGAAGGAGUCCGAGGCGGAGCUGGCGCGGCGGCACGAGGCCACGCGGCGCGCGCUGGAGGCGCAGGCGCGCGAGCUGGACGAGCGGCAGCGCGCACUCAACGCCGAGCGCGCCGCCUGGGAGCGCGACACCGGCCUCUCGCUCGACGACCUGCGCAGGCGCUCGCUCGAGGCCAACAGCAAAGAAACCGUUGACGGCAAAGAAAAGAAGGACAAGAAAAAGAAAGGUUUGUUCUAAAAUGUUUGUUUGUCUGAAACGUCGGCCUCGCACCCACCGCGACAAGCGCGUACUAACCUCGUGUUUCGUCACCGCGUCUCUCUUGGAUAUGUGUUGUCUAAUGCAAUAAACUAUCGAAUAUAAUCGGGAAGCGAAUCACGCUACUUGUAUAACGGGGAUCGUCUCGUAAGCGACGCGACCUGCAUUCAUAACAAGUGUCCACAUCGAUUUGAUGUCGUAUUUAGAGAUGUUCUAAAUUAAACUGUUAUGCGGAGCACGUCGUGGAGAGACAUAAUCAGAAUAAAAUUUCGUACGUUGCUGUAUAUAGGGUUGCCAAAUGUAUAACACUGAAACAUUAAAAACGAUUGUCGUGCUAAAUUUAGAAUACUCAACUAUUGAUACUCUAUUUAGAUUCACUUGUCACUUUUAGGGUUAAACGAAGAAUUGUUUCGCAAAAGCGAAAAGUACAAGGAUGUUACGUUUUAAAUCUGUGAAUUAAUUUAUUACAUUAAAAAAAACAACGCUGGCAACCCUAACACUACACGUACACGCUUGAACGAUGUGUUAAUAAACUUGAAAAUUCCUGUCUUCGUUUACGGUUUUUGGUGUUUGUGUGUAUGUGUUACGAAAAUUGCUUAGGUUAUAAAAAGCGUAUGAAAAAAAAAUAUAUGCCCCGAAUUUAAAAUCUCCCCUGUCUAUUUAAUUUGAUGUCUGUAAAAAUAAAUAAAUCGGGUGGGUCGUUUAUUUGUAAAUUGUACCUGACUAUGGAAAAGCAAUGGUAUGUGAAUAUAAAUCUGAUUUAAAAAUAAUUAAAACUAAGGUUUUUCUAUGAAUACUAGCUCACGCUUAAUUUGAAUGCCGGCUAAUUAAUAUGUCGUAUUUUAUGUCAUAAAAGAACGAAACGAGGGAAAGUUUGAUCUACAUCAUUGUAGUUGAGACUUCCUGAAGCAAAUGUAUUAUCUUUGACUUUUAUUCGAAUUAAAAAGUACAUGAUGAUUUCAAAAUUUGCAACGAAUAACAUAUCUACAAAUUUUUGUCUCUUUUUUUUUUCUUAGUUUCACAAGCCUUUUGUCGUUACUUAUGAUGUGUGCAUGAUUAAACUAAGAGCACCACGGAUUUCUUAAUUUUCAUUCUCCUUAACCGCAUAGCAAAAUGAAUGUGAGAAUUACACACACAAGAUACGAAAAUUUCUUUAAAAAAAUCAUCUAUUUGCUAACUACCAAGGUUUCUUUGUUGUUUGCAGUUUACUUUAAGAAAUCCGAUAUGAGUAUGAGUACUGAAUGCAACAAUAAUUACACUCGUAUGAUCAAAUCACUUUUUUUCCAUAUAAAACUUAACAUGGAAUGAAUUAAUUUCACUUUAUAUUUUAUGGGGGUUUUUUUUAUUUGUCCCUAACUCUGGUCUUAUUGUCAUUAUCUAUGUUCCGUGUUACUUAUGAAAUGCUAUGUAUUGUUCAAAAACAGUAACUAAAAUUAAAACAUUUUCUGUCUGAAUAAUGUUCAGGUCUCGAUUUCUUUUUCUUAGUUCAUGUUUCUGAAAACCAUUGAAAUAUUGGUAUUAAUGAAUUUUAAAGCAAUAAAUGAGAAUUAUUAAUGAAUUAGAAAAUUUAAAUCUAAGAUUAAGUACUGAGAUUGUUCAAUGUGAUUUGCAGAUUGGUCUUUUAAGAGUGUCGCAACUGGAAUAUCUAUAUAAGGUCUUCUUCAUACACGUCGAAUUGUAUUUUAGACAUAACGAAUUACAACGAUUAAACCAAGACUACCAGAGGCAAUAAAUAAAUGUAGAACAUCAGAACUAUUAUUUGAAUAUUUCAAUUUAUGUACGAAUUCAAAUUAUUCCAUGACAAGGCAUUUAUUUUUUAAUGUAAGUGUGUGGGGCCUAAUUUUGUAUGAUGAUUUCUUUUUCGAAAAGUUUUUACAACGUUUUUGUCAAUAGCAGGGUUAGCCCAAACGUUUAAAUCACAUGUUUACGUCCAGAAAGAUGCCAAAUAGCUUUUAAUAAUAGAUCUGUUUCGAAGCCGGCAUGCGUGACGGUUCGACCCAACGAUGUGUGAUCUGUUUAGCUCAAAACCAAUCAAAAACGAAAAUGAAAAUAAUUUAAAUAUUAUAUAUAGUAAGUAACUAUUACAUUCGUGACAAAAGAAAAUCGCUCUUGAUUAACAUAGGAGGCAAUUAGUGGUCUACAAUCGAUUUGUAUUAGAAAACAUUCUAAAGUUUUUAACGAUAAGUGAUAAUUUUAAUUCUAAUAUUUCGGCUUGAUCCGUGCAAUUUGGAAUACGCGUAUGUAUCGAAAUCGCACAGCGUUCGUUUUAGAAUAUACUCGAGUAUAUUGUGCUUAGUGAUACUAAUGUUAUGCUCAUAGCUCAGUUUUUGAUAUAGGAACUAGCUAGCCGAUAGCGCUCGGUAUAAGGACGCGAUCUCUCAACACGUGACAUGAACCAUUAAUUAUUUCGUUAAUCUGUCGAGAGAUUAUGUAAGGCUGGUCAUCCACUACGCUCGUACGCCGAUAGCUCCGCGAUAGGCCACGGUUUGGCUAUGGCGUGACACUGUUGAUUUAAUAGGCGAACGUUUACCGAUAGGCCGUAUCCUCAUCUGCCUAAUAAGUCGCCGAAGAAAAAUCUAAAAUUACUGGCGAGUACAACUAAAAAUGUACGGUUGCUUCAUAGUUUGUACUGCUUUUUAUUUUCGCACAGAAUACGAAUACAGUUGUGCGGUGCGCUAUAGGUUCGCGAACGUAGUGGACGCCUAGCUUAACAAGAUGACGAAUCAAUUCCUGUUUUAACUUUAAAAAGACUAAAUGUAUUUUAUUCUAUAUUAUUAUUUACUUGUGACGAUCAUUCGUGUAAAUAUUUUUUUUAUCGUUACACCUUAUUAUCUCUCAUUCGACUAUUGCACCUACUAUAUGAUUGAUAAAUGUAUAAUCCUUUUUUUUAAUCAGCAUGAUUUUGUAUUUAAACUACACUACAGUAUUGACUUCCACGUUAUUUAUUAAGAUGUUUUUAGGUUUAAGAACAUGCUUAGUUUUGUAUCGUUUUAGGCGAAUAUUCUACCGUGAUUUAUUAAUUUGCUUAGUCAUUACGAACCGGAAUGUUGGGAGAGCGAAGUUCGGACGGUGUAAUAUAUUGUACCUUUGAAUAAAUAAAUACGUAAUAUAUAGGAA